AUGCAACUCAUCACUCCUCUCAUCGCCGCAUCGGUUCUCGCAACCAAGGUAUUCGCUCAUCCCGGGCAUGACAUGCAAGCUGAGAUCGCUGAGCGUGCUGCCUUCAUGGCUACCGCUCCUCGUGAUCUCAGUCAUUGCGCCGAGAAGUUGAAGAAGCGUGGUCUGGACAAGAAGAACGUCGCUCGCAGAGCUGCAAUGGCAAAGGAUGCCCGCAAGAAGAGGGCUAUCUCAGAAGAUUCCCCAUACCUCAGAGUUCGAGACACCGACAGCGUGCUUGCUACCUCCCACUUGUCAAGCGAGGCAUACACCAACGCCACCGAAGAAUCCAUCCUCUUUUCCGGCAACAGCUCCUGCAUCCUCUCUCCAGAAGUCACUCAAGGCCCAUACUACGUCACAGGCGAAUACGUCCGCGAAGACAUUCGUGAAGACCAAGCCGGCAUUGACCUCAUCCUCGACACCCAAGUCAUCGAUGUCGCCACCUGUGAUCCCGUCCCCGAUGCGAUGAUCGAAAUCUGGCACUGCAACUCUACCGGCGUCUACUCUGGCGUGGUAUCCUCCGGCAACGGCGACAGCUCCGACACCACCAACCUCGACGCUACCUUCCUCCGCGGUCUACAGCCUACCGACGACGAGGGCGUCGCUCAGUUCAUGACUCUCUUCCCCGGCCACUACACUUCCCGCGCGACGCACAUCCACGUCCUGGCUCACUUCAACGGCACACAGUACGAAAACGGCACUUAUGCAGGCGGCUACGUCUCACAUGUGGGCCAACUCUUCUUCGACCAGGAUCUCAUCACACAAGUCGAAGCCGUAUCCCCUUACUCAACCAACACUCAAGCCAUCACCGACAACUCAGACGACGCUAUCUUCGCCGAGGAAGCUGCUACCACCGACCCAGUAAUCGAGUACUCUCUUCUCGGCUCAGAUAUCUCAUCCGGCGUUUUCGGCUGGGUGGCGUUCGGCAUCGAUCUCACUUCUGAGCAGACUGUCACUGGUGCCGCGUCGCUUACCGCUGAUGGCGGUGUGGCUAGUGAGAACUCUGGUAUGGGCGGUGGUGGAUCUGGAUCUGGUGGACCAGGUGGAAAUGGAACGGCGCCUACGGGAGCUGCUCCUAGCGGUGCGAUGUUGUCGAACGCUACGGCUUCUGCUUCGAGUGCUACUACUCUUGUGACCAGCACGAGCGCGAGCACUUCUGGUGCGGCUUCUGCGGCUACGGCUGUCAUUGAGAUUGGCUUGCUAUUUUGGGCUGGGGCUUGGAUGGUUUUGGCGGUGUGA